ACGUCAGGCGAACGGAUCAUCCAGAUCUCUGUAUGUCGAGACUCCCCUCGGCGACUAGCAUUCACGAACUCUGCACUGUGGUCUCCAUCGAACAGGACAUGCAACUCGGCAUCAGUCCAGGACGCAUGCACGCAUAUAGGAGCGGCGCUCCUCCGCGGUCUCGACUGCACCCCCUUCCGUACCAUAGGACGUCCCCGCGCCAUUGGUCAUCCUUGCCAUGGCGUCGUCCUUCGCGUUGCUCAUGGGCCCGCUUCUGGUGCUCGUCUGUCUUGCGCUCAUUCUAUUCGGGAUCUUCACCGCCCAAGUCUAUUACUAUUGGUCGACCUACGAGAAAGAUUCGCGUCUCGUCCGGGGCUUCGUGCUGCUGUUGUGGUUCCUCGAGUGCUUGCACACCACCUUCUGCAUCUGCAUGCUGUACACUUAUUUUAUCGACCAUUUCGGCGAUACGGGCGAAGUCGAGCGGAUUGUCUGUGUGAGCAAGCGAAACUUCCUAGUCGCGUCUGUCCCGGCCAUCGCCUUGUUUGCUCGUGUUGGUCAAUAUUCCUGCAAGACGUGGACUGCUUUCCGCCAGAGGCAAGGCCCUGUGCUCACCCUGAACGUCGCGUUGAGCUGCGGCGGCCUUGUCGACCUCGUCACCACGGGACUGCUCACCUUCUAUCUGUGGCGCAGUCGCUCGGCGUUUCCGCGCACGCAACACAUCGUUGACAAGCUCUUGCAUUUUGCGCUCAACACUGGAGCUCUCACGAUGAUAUUCUCAAUGGCAAUCCUCUUCACUUACAAUCUCGUAACUACGAGCCUGAUCUGGGCUGGCAUGGUCGAGAUAGUCAGCAAACUAUAUGCCAACUCUAUGCUUGCCAUGCUCAACGCCCGGAACAACCUCCGGAACGCAGGCUCUACUAACGAAAGCACAGCAUCAGCGGGGACCUUUAGACAUCAGGAUGUCAAGGCGGCCCACGCGCGGGCUGGCCUCCGAGGCUGUGCGAGUGGACGUCUUCAAGGAGACCGUCAGGGUGACCGACUUUGACCAUGCUGGCACCAACGACGCCGGAGCCCGCGACGACCUGCGUGGCUCUGCGAAGGAUCCAGAAGCGUUCGUGUACCCGCUGAGGCCUGGCUCGACGGACUGAGACCCGGCCAUGCUGUGUAGGCGGCCGCUUCUGAUAUCAAAAUGUGUUGUACCCUAAUUACACUGGCUUCUAUGGAUGUUCCC